GAACAAUCAAGUUAUACGUACGAAGGCGAAGCACAUCGAGUUGGCAGUGGCAAAAACCCACAGCAAAACGGCAAAUCCCACUGAUGAAUAACCCCUCGCAUACUCAAACGUCAGCCUGACAGUCAAGCUGAAACAGUAAUCGCCUUUUAUUUUUGUUUCAUUUCUUCUGCAUCCCUAUUCGUCUUACCUAAAGGUGAAUGUUUACUGUGCUGUUAUGUCUUAAGUUUUUGGGAAACAGUCGCAGCUAAUGAUAUAACAUCAUUAGUUUGCCGGUGUUUUGUACAUAAUUUUAGCUUUAAAUUCACCUGUACAUAGAAUUUUCGAUCGGCAAAACGAAUUUUAGUUUAUUAGACAUAAAAAAGUCCCUUUAAGAUGGAUGCAACCGAUUUUUUGCUUGGAGGUGUCGCAUCUAUGGGAGCAACACUGUUUACGAAUCCUUUGGAGGUUGUCAAAACUCGCAUGCAACUACAAGGUGAGUUGGCAGCGAAAGGUACUUACGCAAAGCCGUAUAAAAGUAUUUUAGAUGCUUUCGUGACGAUUGCCAAGAACGAUGGAUAUUGGGCAUUACAGAAAGGACUUGCACCAUCGCUGUGCUUUCAGUUUGGGAUCAAUUCUGCAAGGUUGGGAAUCUAUAACACGGCCUUCGAGAAUGGAUACACUCGCACUAAAGAUGGAAAGCAAUCUAUUUGGAGAAAUGCCUUCUGGGGUGGCCUUGGUGGGUUCAUUGGAUCUGCGCUAGCCAGCCCAUUCUUUAUGCUUCGCACACAUCUGCAAUCGCAGGCAGUAACGCAAAUAGCCGUUGGAUACCAGCAUAAACACACGGGCAUGAUGAGUGCGUUGAAAGACAUUUUCCAGAAACAUGGAAUUCGAGGUUUAUACAGGGGGGUGGCUGUUACGAUGCCGCGUGCAAUGCUGGGAAGUGGCGGUCAACUGGCUGGUUACGGUUAUACCAAAGAUAUGCUCCUGAGGCAUCCACUCCACGCUCAACAGUCGGAUCGAUUGGUCUCAUUUCUUUCUGGAACAGCUGGAGGUACGGUUAUGGCUAUCACGAUGACUCCGCCGGAUGUGGUGGCAACCCGUUUAUAUAACCAAGGAGUGGAUGCCAAGGGGAAAGGGAUUUAUUACAGCGGGGUAGUUGACUGCUUUAUUAAAAUACUCAAAACUGAAGGAGUCGCUGGGUUGUACAAAGGCUUUUGGCCACAUUACAUGAGAAUAGGACCUCAUUCUAUGUUGGUGCUAGUGUUUUUCGACGAACUUAAAGCUAUUAGAAAGAGAUUUUACAGAAACCGAGAAAAACUGUGAUAACUGUUGCUUGUUUAUUGUUUACAAGGUGUUAUAAACAUCAUUAGGGCUCAAUAAAUGUUUCCCACUAACGAAUCUUA